CGCACCCCUCCCCCCAUUCAACCACUGGGUUUAAUGUUGCUGUGUGUUUACUACAGUAUUUAGUAUAAGGGGCUGUUUGCCUUUUACAUGCUGUGAACUCUCAGUUACAAAACAGAGGUUUUUUUAGUUUUUAUCAUAAAGACGCAUUUCAGGACUCCAACAUGCCCAAGAGAAAGCAAGGCGCUGAAGGAGAUGUCAAGGAGGAGCCUCAGAGGAGAUCUGCUCGGUUAUCGGCGAAACCCGCGCCUCCCAAGCCUGAACCAAAACCUAAAAAACCAGCAAAGAAAGAGAAAGCAGUGAAUGACAAGAAAGAGGAGAAGAAGCCCAAGGUGAAAAAGGGGAAGGAGGAGGCAGAGGCCAAUGAAGAGAACCACUCUGAAAACGGAGAGGCCAAGACAAACGAGGUCGAGGAAGCUCCUGAGGAGCCAGAGAAGGAGGAGCCGAAGUCUGAGUAGCAGCACUGCCACCUUCCACCACCCCCCCCCCCUUUACCCUCACCCCUGCCCCUUCCUCCCCCCAAAAUACCCCCAAGUCUCAUGUGGUCUAAACCUCCAUGGCAUAAUUGUUAAACAGAGGAAUAUUUUUAUCAACGAUUUUAUAAAUAUCGGUACAGGUUUUUAGCACAAAUAAAGCUAAACAAUGGAGGGCCUUGCAGUUCUGCAGCGGUCAUAUCAAGUGUCUGCAAGCAAGAUGAACACAAUAAAAAAUAUUCUUUUUUUAAAUGGCAUUUUGUGAUUGUUGAUAGCUUGUCCGGUGUAGAAAGAGCGUUCCAGCCUGGUAGAGUUGAAUUGUGAGUCUUUGUCGUAUUUUGUCCUGACGUUCUUUCCCAAACCAUGUCACUUCUGUGGGUGGCUAAUUUUUUACCUUCUAUAUGUGCAGUGAUUUUUUUUUUCUUUUUUUUUUUUUUGAAUUUUUGAAUUCUUAUUUUGGGGGUUUUUAUUUUUAACUUUAAAAAAAUGUGUUGUCCAUAUGAAAGGAAUAGGAGCAUCUUGAAAACAUUCCAGGCAGGGUUACUACGUGGGCUAAUUUUUUUAUUUUAUUUUAUUUUAUUUUAUUUUAUUUUUGAACAACCACAUGUUGAAAAUUAUUUUGAUAAAACAAAAUAUGGAAAAAAAAUGGUCACACUGUUAUACAGGAUUUUUUUUUUCCUUCAAGGUAAUUAGGUAAAUUAGUUUUUAAACAAUGAAAAUUCAAACAUCUAUCAAAAAAUAUGCAGGUGUAUGUACCCACUCUUACGUUCUGGAUGUCUCUUAAUAAAAGUAAUCCAUGGAACUUUCCUCAUCCUGUUGUAGUGCAGGUUAUUGUUCUUUAAAAAAUGUCAUGGAAUUGUAUAAAAUGCUGUCUGAUCCUUAGACAUGUCCAUUUUGGGUUAUUUGUCAGAUGCCCUUCAAUUUUAUAUAGGUAUUUUCUGAAGUAACUAAAGGUUAAAUGUUGUGCCCAAAACCCACUCUGGAUUUGAACCUGCAGUCUUGUGUUACACAGUUUAUCAUCCAUUGCAUCACCACUGUGCAUGUGCUUUAUUGUGUGAAAGGGUUGAAAUACUUCAAAAUAUAGAUUUUAAAUGCUUUAAUAAGAAGGAUCAGUGAUAAGAGCCAGAUGACCUGUAAAGGCGAGUGGAUGAGACCACUUUGCAAUGGAUGAUACCGAGCAUGAGGAGGGAAAAUUUGCUAAUAAUAUCUUGUCUGGUGAAAGUAGGCAUUAGCAGAAUGUAACCUAAACUUUUAAAGGGAAAGAUUGGUCAAAGAAGAGAAAACGUCAAAUUAGAAAUUGCAGCUGAUUCAUCCUGGUCUGUUGUGUUCUUCACAUUUGAGAGAUCAACGAUUGUGUUGGAGCACUGAGUACUAGACAGAAAGUAAUUGUGUAACGAGGAGGCGAGGGGGUGGAGCCCAAUCCUUGACUAAUCGUUGUAUCUGCUUUGUCACUACUUUCAAAUAAAGCCCUUUAAAUGAGAGGUUCA